CUGAAAAGACGAGGCCGGAGCGCACUUCUCUCGACAACCACAUUAAACCUUUAGGUAUGUGGUAUUCCCCCGCAAGCUACGGCUGAUUGCCCGCUUCACUUGAUCAUUGUCAGAUUUUCUGUCAUGGUCGAGAUAGGCGGUUGCAUUAUUAGCUGGGUUUGGUAUUGGCGGAGUGAACCAAUGCUGAUUGAAAUUGAUCAUGCAGAAGUUUAGUUCAACUUCAGCGUAACGAUGGCCCCCAAGAGCAAGAAGACCGGUGACACCAUCAACUCGCGCCUGGCGCUUGUGAUGAAGUCCGGAAAGGUCACCCUCGGCUACAAGUCCACCAUCAAGACCCUCCGCUCCGGCAAGGCCAAGCUGGUCAUCAUCGCUGCCAACACUCCUCCUCUCCGCAAGAGUGAGCUUGAGUACUACGCCAUGCUUGCCAAGGCUCCCGUCCACCACUUCUCCGGAAACAACAUUGAGCUCGGUACCGCCUGCGGUAAGCUCUUCCGCACCUCCACCAUGGCUAUCCUCGAUGCCGGUGACUCCGACAUCCUCUCUAGCCAGUAGGUGUAAAGCUUUGUCAAUGAUUUCAUGUUAUGUCUGAACGGCGGAAUGCCAUGAUGUACACCGUCACGGCACGAUUUAGAUAAUGACAGAAUGAACUUUACAUCUAUAUUGGGUUUCCUCUUUUGACGCUGUAGAUAAGACUGUAGGAGUGACUGGACGAUAGCGCGGUCGCAUCAUCGCGAUCCGGAGAUCCGGUAGAUGCGCUCCACAUGAGUCACAUAGUCCAUUUUGUAAGCACUAGUUAAAAGACCGGUAUCCCAUCACUUG